AGCCCAAGCAACAACAACCAGCACUUCCGCUAGGCUGUUGUCUACAGCUCAUUUGAAUUUUGCUUUUCACACCACAAUCCGUAAAAUGGAGGGUUCUCAUCCAGACGGCGUCGUGGAAGCUAUUUCUGAAAGACUGGAAAAGUCUUUAUCCAUGGAAACAGAGGACAACAUGGAAACGUACCAGAGGUUCAUCCAGGAAGGGAAGGAGGCGGCCCGACAAGGCGACCUGUCUCGAGGACUGGAGCUCUUUAAACUUGCAUAUGACAUCCACAAGAGUGAAAAACUCGAAAACAGGAUCAAGAAGAUUGAGGAACUCUUGGCAAAUAACUCUGAGGAUGAGGCGGAAGAGUUUGUCAACGUGAACGACUGCGGAUUGAUGGUGUAUAAAGACCUGCAUGACAAACUUUAUGACUAUCAGAGAAACGGGUUGGCCUUCUUGUACAGCCUCUAUAAGGACAGCAGGAAAGGGGGGAUUUUGGCUGACGACAUGGGUUUGGGUAAAACCAUCCAAGUUAUCGCAUUUCUCUCUGGGAUGUAUGAUGCUGAGCACAUCAACCACACUGUACUAGUCAUGCCAACGUCCCUCAUCACUAACUGGACAAAGGAGUUUGCAAAGUGGACUCCAGGCAUGAGGGUGAAAGAGUUUCAUGGCUCCAGCAAAGCUGAGAGGACCAGGAAUCUGGAGAAAGUACAGAGGAGAGGCGGUGUCAUCAUUACCACCUACACAAUGCUCAUCUCCAACUGGCAGCAGCUGGCAUCUUACCACGGUCGGGAGUUCACUUGGGACUACAUGAUUCUGGAUGAGGCGCACAAGAUCAAGAACACAACCACCAAAACAGCAAAGAGUGCCUCUGCCAUUCCCUCCAAGAACAGAGUUCUCCUGACCGGAACCCCCGUCCAAAACAAUCUCCGAGAGAUGUGGGCACUUUUUGACUUUGCUUGUCAGGGGACUCUGCUAGGUACAGCCAAGACUUUCAAGACAGAGUAUGAGAAUCCUAUCACACGAGCCAGAGAAAGGGAUGCUACGCCUGGUGAGAAGGUUUUGGGUUCCAGGAUGUCUGAGAACCUCAUGGCAAUUAUAAAGCCCUACUUCCUGCGACGGACCAAGGCUGAGGUACAAAAAACUAAAAUGAAUGCCAGACACCAAGUGACAGAGGAAAAUGGGAACGAUAACCAAAGAGCAUCUGAGCAGCUGAACAACUCUGGGGCAGAAAUGCCCACACUGAAACGGAAGAACGAUCUGAUUGUGUGGACCUAUCUGAGUUCGGUCCAGGAAGACAUCUACAGACAGUUCCUUUCAUUGGAUCAUAUCAAGGAGCUCCUUCUCACGACUAGAUCACCGUUAGCUGAGUUGACCAUCCUAAAGAAGCUGUGUGACCACCCUAGACUUCUCUCUGCUCGGGCUAUAGCCAGCCUGGGCCUCGAGGACCAUGGAGCAGAAAACCAUCAGGGAGAUGAGUCAGACAGUCACAGCAUUGCCAACAUUCCAGAUGACACACUCAUCUCCGAAUCUGGGAAACUUACUUUUCUAUUUGCCCUCUUGGAGAGACUGCGAGAAGAGGGCCAUCGCACUCUUGUGUUCGCCCAUUACAGGAAGGUGCUUGAUAUAUUAGAAAGGAUUCUUGGUAGAAGAGGCUUCAAAGUCCUGAGGCUGGAUGGGACAAUCCUGCAAAUUGCGGAGCGAGAGCGUCGCAUCUCCCUCUUCCAGACGGAUGAAAGUUACUCUGUCUUUCUCCUGACAACACAGGUGGGCGGAGUGGGAAUCACCCUGACAGCAGCAAACAGAGUUGUCAUCUACGAUCCCAGUUGGAAUCCAGCCACUGAUGCCCAAGCUGUGGACAGAGCGUACCGCAUCGGCCAGAAGGAGAACGUGGUAAUUUACAGGCUGAUCACCUGUGGAACUGUGGAGGAGAAGAUCUACAGGCGGCAAAUAUUCAAAGACUCUUUGAUCCGGCAAAACACAGGAGAUAAAAAAAACCCAUUCAGGUACUUCAGCAAACAGGAACUUAAGGAGCUCUUCACGCUGGAGGACACAAAGUCCUCAUCCACACAGUUGCAGCUCCAGGCCAUGCACUCCAGACAUCGCCGCACAGAUCCUCAGCUGGAUGAGCACAUCGCCCACCUCCAUGCUAUGGAGAUGUUUGGGAUCUCUGACCAUGACCUGAUGUUUUCCCUGGACAACAAGAAUGAAGAAACGCCAGAGGAUAAUGAAGCCCAGAACUACAUCGAGGGACGGGUUCAGAAAGCACAAGAGCUGAUGAAGGCAGAGUCUGAACUACAGAAGCAACUGGCUGAAGCCCUGGCGUCCAGCAGUGAGCCCACCUGGCUGAGACAAUCUGAGAGCAACAAGAGCGAGAGAGCUGAUGAAAAGAGAAAGAAACCAAACGGGAGCCCAGCCCUCCCACCAUCAGACAGACACACCCACGACCCCAUCGUAGUAAACUUGGACCAGUCUGUUUCCAGUCAAGACAGUGACCAGGUCAUUGUCAGUCAUGGAGUGGUUGAUCUAACGGUUGAUGACUGCGUUAUGGAAGAGAAACCGUCAAUCCAGGACCACCAGGUGGAGCCGAAUGUAGAGCCCCCGCAGACAGUGAAGCACGAAGAAAGUCUGAUGGCGGUAGACGUUUCCCCAGUGGACUUAGUUGAAGAGUCUGUGGUCAUGACUCAUGAAGAUGACAACUCCAUAUACAGUACAGCAGAUAAUGGUGUUGACCUCCAAACGUCAACUUUCGACUCCAAUCCAGUAUCUCCAGCAGCGCCCCUUCAAAAUAAAAGAUUAUCUCAACUGCAGAAGAAUGAAAGUAUCUAUGCAGAUGCGUCUUCCGAGGUUAGUGGUGGGCCGGAGUCAUUCGGAGGCAAUUUCAACCUAGAGCUGGAGGAAAGCGACAUGUUCUCAGAGCACAAUGAUUUGGAUCAAAAAGAGAGUGAGGACAGAGAAGUGGAGGAAGAGGAGAAGAGGCUGCUGUCACAACUGCUUCUGGAGGAGAGUUUUGAUGUUGAUAAAUCUCUUUCAGAGCAUCAGCGUCAUGUAGACAUCCAGCAAAGCCUCCAUGAGCAACAGGCUGCCAGUAUAGUGGGGUCGAUGAACGAUUCCAUCAUCACCACCAAGAAGAAGAAGGCGGCAAUUAUAUAUGACAGUGAGGAGGAGGAUGAGGAUGCAGGAGAGGGCGAGAAGGAGGAGGACGUUGGUCAGGCAGAUUUCACACGGAGUUGCUUUGAUAACUCACUCCUUGGAGCUUCCACCCCAAAGUCGGCCCUGUCCAGCUCCACCCCGCUGCGCUCCAGAAAGAGUUUUGGUGGAAAUACGUCUGUGGCUUCGCGUCGCUCCCUAAUUCACUCCAUUAUUGAAGACAUUGACAAUGCAAACAUGGAUGAUGAAAAUACUGCUGGAACACAUUCCACUGAGCCAGAAGAAGAUGACAUCAUCGGUUUGACAAAUGAUGAAUCUGAGGAGCCAAGUGGUGAAACCCUCAACUCUGAGGAGGAGGGGUCAGAUGACGGUGAUGAUCAUGACGACGACGACGAUGAUGAUGAUGACGACUAUGAAGAGGAGGAGGGCCACACUGUCAGCACAAAUGAGGAUACAAAUGGUGAGAUGGAGGAGUCCAGCAGUGAGCCUGAGCUGGGCUCCUCAGAGAGGAUGGAUCAGUACACUGUGGAUCCAGGAGUGAAGACAAACGGCUUGAAACUAAAUGGGGUGAAUUCGUCAUCUCACUCAACUGACAGCUAUGACUCUCUGGUGGCCAAAGGGAGGGAGAAUUUCAGUCAAGGGAAGCUGGCUGAGGCGCUGGAGCUCUUUCUCAGAGCCAUCGACAUCAAUCCUGGCGAUCCUGAGAUCCAACUGAUGACCAUCCAGAUCUACAGAAACCUGAGUCAGAAAAGCUGAUGGAAUCAGAACUUUUUCGUCUGGUGUAGAAAUCAGACUGGUCGUCUCAUCUGAUGAUGAUGUUGCAAAUUCUUGGAUUUAAGUGUUUGGUUUAUAUCUUUCGGUGUGUCCUGAUCGAUCUGUUAAUACUUGUAUUAAAGUGUGUAAUGAUUUAUCUUCCAGUGU